GAUUCUUCCACUCACUCGUCCGCAGUACAAUUCGUUGAUACCUUCUUGUUUGAGGCUCAUGCAUCCGCCAUCCGCUGCCUCGCCUUGUCCCCUCGACCAAAUGCAGAUUCGACCGAGGAAUCGCCAAAAGUCAUUCUGGCGAGCGGUGCAACGGACGAGACUAUCAAGCUUUAUUCUUUGUCGGCCGCCUCUCUUGAGGUAAACGAGCAGUAUCCCUCUAUCCCGACCCUCGCGGGUAACAAAAUCCUCGAGAAUCCUAAGAAUCGAGAGCUUGGCACAUUGCUACAUCACUCUUCGAGUAUAUCUGCUCUUCAUUUCCCAUCACGCUCGAAGCUUUUGGCUGCUUCGGAGGACAACACUAUCUCCGUCACCCGGACUCGCGACUUUGCCGUUGUAUCUACCAUCAAAGCCCCCCGCCCGAAAGUUCAAGGGAGACCUAGCGGAGACACAGCUCCUCCCGGAGGGUCACCGUCUGGUGUAAAUGACUUCGCCGUGCAUCCCAGUAUGAAAUUGAUGCUCAGCGUGGGGAAGGGUGAGAAAUGUAUGAGGCUUUGGAACCUGGUCACGGGUAAGAAGGCUGGUGUGUUGAGCUUCAGUAGAGAGAUUCUACAGGCGGUUAAAGAAGGCAAGUGGAGUACCGGCGAGGGAAGGAAGAUCGUCUGGGACUCUAAGGGCGAGGAAUUUGCCGUUGCAUUUGAGUGGGGGGCUGUUGUCUUCGGAAUUGAUUCAACCCCAAUUUGCAGAAUAUUCCCAACCCCACGGAGUAAGAUCCAUCAAAUGAAGUAUAUCAACAAAGACCCAUCCACUGAGGAGGGUGACGAACUACUUGCUGUCUCAACAGAAGAUGGCAGAGUUAUCUUCUACUCCACCAAAAAGGUGCAAAAGCCACAAGAUGACGAUGAUUCACCUAUCCCUUACGCCGAGGCCGUUGCUGAACUUGGCGGUAAAGCUUCUGGUUUCCCGGGAAGGGUGAAGGAUUUUGAGAUCUUAAGCUUGAAAGGUGAAGCAACAGGUCCCCAAGACGGUUUCUUGGCAGUCACGGGCAAUAGCGAAGGCGUCAUACGUGUAUGGUACGUGCCUGGAAAAGACCUCGCUGGCAAAGGGAAGAGUGGAAAGACCAGUAAAACCACAGACGAGAAAGUUUCCAAAACCCCUCAGGUAGGAAAACUUUUGGAUGCUUAUGAAACCGGAAAUCGGAUUACCUGUCUUAAGGGAUUUGUUAUGCUGCCUUCGGAGGACCCCUCAAGUCUUUUAGAUUCCGAAGAGGAGUUUGAAGGCCUAGACAGUGAGGAGGAAGAGGAGUCUGAGAGUGAAGAAAGUGAUGCUUAA